AUGGAGAUUUGUCACUCGCCCAGUAGCGGCAUCACGAUCGUGAUCCGCAGCGAGUUUCUGCGCUGCUCUGCCAAAGUGCUCGCAAAGGUCGAGGCUCUCGCCACCAAGCCAGAGCUCUCAGAUGCCAAGAACUGUGACGGCAGGAUGCUCGCGGCAAUCGUGCAGGAGGCAGUGGAUAUCCUAGCUGCAGAUGACACAGCAAGAGCCUAUUGA